GUAUUGGAAAGGAGCAGGUAGUGAGCAAUCACGUCGGCCGCAUUCAAAUCUAUGCUGCUCGAGAAGAAAACCCCAUCCCGUUAAAUCAACCCGCCAAUCUGAUUCGGCUCGGGUGCGAGGCCCACUGCCACGAAAUUCUUGGCUGAUGUCGCCGUGAAAGAGAAGGAAAUUCUAAUUAUCGGCUACGAUACCGACAAGAGGAGCGAUUUCGAGGGGGAAGUCAACAUGGAGUCGGGCGUUCGCAUCAGCUCGGGCGGCGUCCAUCGACAAAUCUCAUUUAACGCUCAAUCAUGCGCCAGAAAUUGGCGGAUAUGGUUCAGAGCGGUGGCAGCGAUCUCCUACAUUGCCAUCCUCGUCGUGUUCCUGCCGUGGUGCAUCUAUCAAUUGCAGGCGAAGCAGAAAAUCGACUUCCGACGCAUGGCAUUCCUUCUUGCUGGCGGUUUCCUGAUGAUGACUCUGCCGUUCAGCUUAUACGAGAUCGCGGGUCACAUCGGGAACUACAGUAAACCUUACCUGCAGAAGCACAUCAUCCGAAUCCUCUGGAUGGUUCCCAUUUACAGUAUUAACUCUUGGAUCUCGCUAGAAUGGCGCGACGGAGGCUUCGUCCUGGACGUUUUCAGAGAAUGCUACGAGGCUUACGUCAUUUAUAACUUCAUGAUGUUUUUGCUCAACUACCUCUUCUAUGAUCAAGAUUAUGAUCCGGUAGCUCUUGGCGAGCAACCGUCGGUUAAGCACAUUUUCCCCCUGUGUUUCCUGAGCCCCUGUCGAGGCGGCAUGACUUUCAUCGACAACUGCCGACACGGAAUAUUGCAGUACACCGUGGUGCGGCCUUUGACAACUCUUAUCUCUGUGGUUGCCUACUUCGCUUAUGGAGAAGCGAAGAUCGAGGACAAGUGGUUUAUAUUCAUCGUCGUAGUCAACAAUGCGUCCCAGUUUGUUGCCAUGUAUUCGCUCGUAAUGUUCUACAGAGCUUAUAGGCAUUAUCUUGCUCCCAUGUCACCCAUCGGAAAGUUCCUGUGCAUCAAAGCUGUGGUUUUCUUUUCAUUUUUCCAAAGUGUGUUGAUCACAUUCAUGGGUUGGGAAGGGCUGUUGAGCUUCUUGAUGACCAACAAGGACGAGAAGAGUGAAGAAUAUAUGGGAGAGCUCGCGAAAGUGGUCAGAGAGGUGCAGGAUUUUUUGAUAUGCAUCGAAAUGUUUCUGGCUGCGAUAGCGCACCACUAUUCGUUCUCCUUCAAACCAUAUCUGUCGGAUCGUUUCCAAAAUACGUCAUUCGUUCAAUCUCUAUUGGCUAUGGUUGACGUCUCCGAUGUCACGUCUGACGUUCAACAGCAUAUCCGCGUGAUCGGGACCAGCGUCACCAAUUUUGGCAGUCGACGACCUAAAGCGCCCCACGAAGAAGCCCACCUGUUGACAUCGAUGGUCGCACCAACCGAGGAAGAUCAACAACGAACGGACGAGGAAAUUCGAAGGUCUAUAUGGGGCAAGAAAGGUUACGAUGCCAUUUGAGGGGACACCCGUCGACGGAAUGACUCCCCUCAGAUUUCGGGUUUCUUAAACGUUCAGUCUGGAAUUGAUUGACUCAAAGCAAGGAAGAAGGUUCCACAUGAACCCUCGAAGCUCGGGGGAGAGCACAACCUCUUGCGCACACUAGGCGUUUCUUACGGCGGUUGCCGGAGUAGGGAGCGAUCCGAUCCCGGACCUACGAAUCGCUGGAAUUCGAGCCGUGGAGCACGGCGAAGAAUGGUUCUGUAUUCUAGUCUUUCCUCGAAACAUCCCUUCGACCUAUAUUCCCUCGUCGAGAAAUUUUCAGCAGAACAUUAACGCGGGUUUCCCCUCAAGGCCGUCACGAUGAGUGUCCGAGCUACGUGUGCAUGCAGUCAGCACUCUUUUACGUUAAGUUUUUCCCGUUUAACAUUUCGGUGAGAGUUCUAUACUCUGGAAGAAUGAGCUAAUAAAAUAUAUCGGGAAGACGCGAAAACCUCACCA